ACAACUUGGGAAAUGAGAAUAAUCACUGCAGACGAGACGGGACUUAUCAAGCAAAUUCUCAUUGAGAACAAGCGCAUUCAACGAUGGGGAACACAAAGUCGAGACAACUCUGUAGAGAGAAUGGUGUGGGCUGGUAUGUCUGGUUGUGAGGAAAACGAGGUGGCUGUUGCCUUGGUCAAUGGACGUGUCCAAGUGUGGGAUGUCGACAAAACGGUUAUCGUGAAGGAGUUUUCCGGAAUUGAAGGCAUUCCUCGUGGAUUGGGAGUGAUUCGAAACGAGGAAGACAGAAAAGUGAUCACUUGUACCGAUGACGGAAAAGUGAAUCUCUACAACUGGAAAGACGCCGAAAUCGUGAAAACGUUCGAUGUAAAAGGUCCGAUAGCGAACAUGCAUCUCUGCCCUUCGAAUAACCAGAUCUUCGCUGUGGGUGGCCGCGAGAACGACCUAGCUCUCUACGACAUCGAGACGGAAGAGCCCGUUUUCAAAGCUCGCAAUGUUCCCAAUGAUUGGCUUCAACUCCGCGUCCCCAUCUGGGUUACCGACAUGAAAUUCCUCCACCCCAAGAGCUCAGGAUUCGAGUUAGCGGUAGUCACCGGACAUCAUCAUGUCCGCCUCUACGACACGCGAGCGAAGCGUCGCCCUGUGCAGUCCGUGGAGAUCGGUUCGCGCCCAUUUACGUGCUGCACGGUGUCGCACGAUGAAAACUCGCUGUUCACUGGAGACACGAUCGGCCGUGUGAGCCGAAUCGAUCUGCGGACGAUGCAGCUGAACGGAGUGUACAAGGGAAACACGGGAAGUGUGCGAGAAAUCGCGCUGCACCCCACGAUGGAGGUAAUGGCGACGGUGGGAUUGGAUCGCGUGAUGCGUGUGUUCGACGUCGCAACGAGACAGCAGCUUCACCGUGUGUAUCUGAGACAGAAGCUGAACUGCGUUCUGGUGUCGAGUGAGGGAGAAGUGGCAUCAUUUACGAAGGAGGAAGAAGCGCCUGAGAGUGAUUCAAGUUUACUGCAGGACGAUGAAGACUUGAUUGAGAUGUCUGGAGAAGAGUAGAGUUUGUUAGUUUAGUUUGGAA